AAUCAUGGGAUACACUUCUCGAUUUGGAGGUGACUGAAUCCGUGCAAUUUAGCUAAGAUCAGCUGAGUCAAACAUGAGAUGGAAGCCGCAAAGCCAAAGAGAAAACACAGGAAGAAGGCUAAAAAUACGACCUCUAGAUCUGCAGAAAAGCAUGAAGAAUCCCAGGACGCAAAAGAGAAUGCUGCCACUACUAUUCCUGAAACGGAAACGAUUAACACUGCAGGAACAAGUCAAAGUGCGUCUUCAGAGCCCGUAGAAGAAGAUUCAGCAAAGUCUGACUUACCUUCCACUCCAGGACAAUCUGAAGAACUUAUGCGUAAACUUGCUGAAUUCACUGCUAAUACAGAAAGCGUCGCGUCAAUUGGGGAAGAAUUAGAAAAUAUACCUCAGGUUCUAUCAGAACCGCAAAAUGAUCAGUCUUCUCAUUCAGAGAAAGAGACUGAAGUGGACAAGAAUGACAAAGAGUUGGAAAAUUUGGACAGUGAUCAUGAGACAACUGGAAAUGUAGACACUUCAGACAUUUUAGAUACAGUAGAGUUUGACUCUAGGAGAUCUGUAGCACAUAGCCAGGAUGAUCAUGCCACUGAAGCUCAGAGUGUCUCAGUGACGCCUGAAUCUUCAGCAGUGACUGAAACUCGAGUGUCACAUGAAAGCAAGGCACUGGAUGACCAUGCUAUUGAAACUCAGAGUGUCUUGGUGAUGCCUGAAUCUUCAUCAGUUGCUGAAACUCAAGCAUCUGUUGAAAGCGAGACACUGGCUGUAAAACAGGAUGAACCAGUUGCAAUACAUAACGUUCCUGAGGAACUGAACACAACAGAAGAAAGUGACAUUAUUGAAAAUUCUAAUCUGAGCAGCUCAAGAGAUAAUACUGUAGAGGAAAAGGCUGAACAAAUUUUGUCACCGCAGGUUACUGCCAAUGAGACUCCUGCAUCUAUAAUCAAUGAGGAUAGUAGAACUUCACAAAUGUAUCUCAACUUGGAUUCUGUUGCCAGGGAAUCAGUUUCAAGUGUAAGGAAGUACAGAAAAACUUUGGAAGCAUUCAGUGAGGACCAUUUGAAAACUUUUUACUUCAACCCACUGCUUGAACAGAUGGAAGGAUUUGUGGAACAUUUUAUCAGGAUAAGCAAACAAGAUGAUCAUGAAUUCUACGAGCUUGUGAAUAAUUAUUUCAGAGGAAGAAAUACUCUUGCUAUGGCCAUUAAGGAAUAUGAGAUAGUUGUUGCUGAGUGUGAGAAGAAGAAAGAGCAACUCUGGAUAACUAAAGAUUUUUCAGUAGCAGCUCAGGGAAAAUGUCUUGACCAGGUCACUGUGACACAUAACCACUCCUACCAGCAAGUCGAGUUAAACCCUGGAGGACCUGGGGAGAUUGAGGGCAUGUUGGAAAAACUCCACAAAGUUCUACAUGAGACUCUAGCUCUACAAAGGUACACAUGUCAGCUUGCUCGCCUCCAUAUUGACAUGUACAUCUAUGAUAUGCUACAGAAGUCAUCCAUUUUAUGCAGUGCUGCUACUGAGAAUCUGGUUACAGAGCUGUGCCCAGUGGUAUUAAGCCAAGAGGUGCAAGCUGAGAUUCAGAAGUUAAGAGACUGUAUCAGUGUGUUGUUCAUGUUUGUGCGACAACCCAUUCAAGACGAAGAGUUUGUAAUUAUUCUAAAUGGCUGGAUGGAACAAUUGGUUGCUGUUCUGUUACGUGUAGCUUCUUUAACAGAUCUUGUAUUCCUGUUAAAUCACAUGCUGAGGUGUCCACCAGGGUUUACCUGUAAAAUUGCACACUUCAUUCAGUUUCCUGUACCACUUUUCAAAACUCAUGGUUACAAUGUGGUAGAUGAGCCAUAUUACUGGGACAAUCCUCUUGUUCAUCAUUUUGUUGCAAUGUUAGCUGCAGUGCUGCGACCUGUCAGGUAAAUGUUUUUGAAUUUCAAAGGAGAAAAAUUGGUCAUUUUCGAAAACGAGUCCUUGUGCAAAACGUCUCAUGUGAAAAUGAGUUGCGGCCUCUCAUUGAUCUUUUUAGCAUUUUGUGUGCUUGUCUCUUUGCAAUCUUUUCCACCACGUCCCUUUAUCAUGCCACUAUCCACCAGGCAAUCCACUGCGAAAUCCAAAACUUCCUGGAAAUUUCUUUUCCCUGAAGACAUUGAUAACCUGACAGACAAAUUCCUGUUGAUCUGGCAGAUUAUCCAUUGCUGGGUAUGUGCAUCAAUGGCUCUCUGUUUUUCCACACUUCACUACCAUUUGGCCUACUUUCUGCAACUUUGAUGUGUCAGCAAACCAUUAAAAGCAUUGUGCACAUCCUGACCAACGAGGGAAUUUCGGUCUAUGUUUACAUCAACGACUUCUAUGGUGCAGAGUCUCCUGUCUGUUCUCAGCAGGCCUUCCAGUGUAACUUGCUUUUUGAUGACCUUGGCCUCAUGGCAUCCCCCCAAAAAGGUGUACCACCCAGCCAUCAUAUGCUGUGCCUUGGUAUUUGGAUCAACACCUUGGACAUGACUUUCCCUGUUCCCUCCCUUCAUGUUUCAGAAUUGCACCAAGAACUGCACAAGUGGUUAAACAAAUCUUUGUUCACAUGACGCAAACUCUAACAGUUGCUUGGCAUAUUCUCAUUUAUGUCUGCUUGGGUGCACCCUGGCCAGGUGUUCAUGAGCCGUCUGUACAUGAAAAUGAACCUCUAGGCAGAACCCAUUUUCAUAUGAAUGGUUUUGCACAAAGGCUUGUUUUGACACAGAGGCAAAAGCCAACUCGGAAAUGGCAUAUUGAACUUGCCAACAUUUUCACACAUGUUAAAAAUUGACCUUAGCCCCGAUCCUGCCUGAACUGUCUGCGUCAGGGGUUUCACCAAGUAAAUGUUUUCAGUAGGGGGGCAAUUGGCUUUUACAGGCAGCAAUGUUGAAUCAAAUUUCUUUAUAAGAAAAACUUUCCCCUAGACGGUCAAACAACUGGUGGGCAAAAUCAUAUUUUAGCCAGUCAAUUUGCUGCAGGCCCUUAAUGAAACCCCUGCUACAUUAGCUGACAAAACAAAUUAAUCUCUAACUGCAGCUGGUCUUGUGUGCUCUGUGUUGGGCCUCAUAAUGUGACAAAGUUAACACAUUGUCAAGUGCUAAACAUGUUCAUAAAAUGGGAUUUUGAUGUUUUGAAGUCUAAGGACAAUAAUUAUUUGGUA